GGAAUCUUGAACUUCAACACUAACAGCCUCUCGUCCAAACAUUAUCGUUGCUUCGAGCCGCCAGAUUCUACGAGAUAGUCCACUUCGCAAUCUGAAUAACGACCGCGCCUCAGCCCGGGUCUGCCAAAAUGUCUUCUCCACGCCCUUCCUCCCCGAUCAACUCUCCGUCAACUGGCUCCACGACAGCACGACCAGUCUCGCCCAAGGCCCCCGGUGGACCAGCGACUGCUAUUCGGAGGAAGGCAGCUGCGGACAGAGCCGAUAAAAUUGCAAAUGCUCGUCCAGCCAGCACGAGAGCCGCGGGUGCUGGUGGGAGCAGCAGCACAAUGUUGAGAUUAUACACGGACGAAUCGCCUGGUCUCAAGGUCGACCCAUUCGUUGUCAUGGUUCUCUCGAUUGGUUUCAUCAUCUCCGUGGUCGCCCUGCACAUCAUUGCCAAGUUCACGAAGAGGUUCUCCUCGUAGACUCCCACGGACAAAACGUUGAGACCACAGCGAACGAUAUGCUGGCUCAAGAGCAUAAGUGCUAGCUGCAUAUCGCAAAGCGAGGUGAUGACGAUGCAAGCUCUGGGCCUCGAACAGAGACGAGUGCCGUCUGACAGGGCUUGUGCUUGAUGAAGAGGUUGGGUUCGAUUCAGUUGUCGAUCCAGGUCGAGCAGGAAUUCGGCAUAAUUCAGGCACGAGCGCUUUGUACAUGCACACAUGCACCACUAUUCGAGUAUGCGUUCUCAAUACCUGUAGCGAUGAACUUCCCGUUCCAGAUGGUGCACUACUUCGGU